AUGUUGUUGGGAGUUCUCUCUGCCUGUGCUCUCGCGUUCCAGCUGCGGGCCGAAUGUCAUGCGUUCCACUUCUCACAAGGAGUGAGGAUCUCUGUCUUGCGUCAAGAGCCUCAAGACGUCUCCAAAAUCGAACUCCAGUGCAUAGUUGUAACAAGGCCUUUAGGCUGUGACUGCCUGAUCACUUACGUUGGAGACGCGGGGAAGGAGUCUAUCUGGCUCCUAACGCUAGAUCCAGUCAAACAGUGCAACGCAACUUCAGAACUCAUUGUUAGUGCUGUAUACAAACAGACACAUGGGGUCUCCAGUCGCGAAGUCCGCUUGCAAAUGACGAAUGACACCGUUCCAGGUUAUUGUGGCAUGUACCUGGACUGGAUGAGACCCAAUUUGACGUUCUUCACUCCAUCUCACUCAAUGCGAAUUCACCUGGACUCUCGGCCCCAUAAGUUGACAGCUCUAAAUGUUGCUCGGACUCGACCCUCUGUUCUUUGUCCGGGGAACACCCUCCUGCAAUUCCACGACCGCGUCAGAGAUAGUACGCAAAGGUCGCAUGCCGCUCUUGUGCAAGAAAUUGAAACAGUUGUCCGGCGAGUCGGAGAGUUGGCGUGCCCAGAUGCAAAGCGCAUUCUUCUGGCAACCACAAACGAAUAUAUGUCUAUCAGAGCUGCCACCCUCAACGCCUUUGCGCGACUUGUCUGCCAGGGCCUUUCGGUUAAGCAUCGGCAGAACUCCAGCGUCCUGCUUGUGUCUCUACCUUUAAAGGCCUCUUCUAUAAAGGGUCUGACGAGCAUGCUUGUGCACCUUCUCGUGAACCUGCUCCACAAGUUAUCACUCCAUGGUGAAUCUGGAGCCGAUCGCAUAUCGGAGGCGCUAUUUGGCCUCGCUAUUCCAGAGCUAAAGACUCUAGUUGAGCAGCGUGGUGCCACAUGCUUUCUUCACGGGAUCCGGACGCUCCGUGAAUACACUUAUCUUGAGCCGGACCUGAGUGGUUUCAUGCACUGUCUUCUUCAACCAGACUUUGUACCGUCUGUAGAGCUUGUAGCGGACAAGCGCGGAGUAGAUCUGGUUGGAGCUAUCAAUCUCCUACGCAAGAGACAGACCAUUGUCUGCCUUUCUCCCAAAGAUCUUGACAUUGCAUCAUCACGAGUGCUCGGCUAUUUCUGGAGAUGGGGACGCCCUACCUACUUCUUCGCUUGCCUUUGCAUGCUUGUCCUGGCCAUUGCUGUCUAUCUUGUCCGCCUCAAAUGGCCAGUUAUCAAACACCUAACCUUUGCUAGGCGCACCCGCGUUAAGCUGGAGAAGGUUUCUAUGUACACUAAAGUUCAUGAGAUGGUAUAG